AUGAGCUCAGUCCCUCCCAAUCAGGGCGACGCCCAAGACCAGACAAAAACAGCUACAUCGACCGAUGCUGCCGCACCAGCUGCUGCUCCAGUUCCACAGGGAAACUCCGGAGCUGCAGCGAAUGCACCAGCAGCUCCAUCUGGCGGUGAUGCACCAGCCGGAAAGCCAGCUAGUGAGGUUGAAAUGCCAGCAAUCCAGGAGCAAUCCGGAACCCAGGAAGCUGAGGAAGGCUGCAUCCUUUCCCAAGAAGAUCGCAAACGCGUUCAAGGAAUCAUCGAUACAAUUCUUGCAAUCCGUCCAGAACUUCCAGGCACACCAUCUAAAAUUACACACGAUGAUAUUGUUUUCCUUUGCCAGAACGUCACAAAUGUCUAUAUGAGCCAACCAGUACUCCUUGAGCUUAAGGCACCACUCAUUAUUUUCGGUGAUAUUCACGGCCAAUUCCACGACCUCAUUCGUUUCUUCGAAAAGACUGGAUACCCGCCGAACGGCAAAUUCUUAUUCCUCGGCGACUACGUAGAUCGUGGCUGCCAGAGUAUUGAAACAAUCAGCUUACUCUUCUGCUACAAGCUCUUAUACCCUAAUCGCGUAUUCAUGCUUCGUGGAAAUCACGAAUGCUCAUACAUCAACCGUCUUUAUGGCUUCUACGAUGAGUGCCUCCGCCGUUUCGACAAUGAUACAUGGCGCGAAUACGGUCGCGUUUUCAACUGCCUCCCAAUCGCCGCAACAAUUGAUGAAAAGAUCUUCUGCAUCCACGGCGGCAUCUCCCCAGAUCUUCAUACCCUUGAUCAGAUCAAGAACAUCAAGCGCCCAACAGAAGUCCCAGAAGAAGGCCUCCUUUGCGACCUUCUUUGGUCCGAUCCAAACGCCGACUUCGAUGACUGGGGCGAGAACGAGCGUGGUACAUCAUGGUGCUUCGGAGCUGCUAAGGUCGACGAGUUCCUGAUCAAAUUCGGUUUCGACCUUAUCUGCAGAGCACAUCAAGCUGUCAUGGACGGCUUCGAGUUCCCAUACCCGAAUAACCAAUGCCUUGUAACUGUUUUCUCCGCUCCUAACUAUUGCUACGAAUACGAUAACCGCGGUUCAGUACUUAAUGUCGACGAGAACCUUUACUGCUCUUUCACAACAAUCGAACCAUACAAAUGGCAGUUUGCUGAGCUGCCAGAAGAGAGACCAGGCACACCUCCUCGUGGCACUUCAUGUUAA